GAGUAAAACUCCGCCUCUGCUGAGAUUUAAACGUAACAAAUCCCGGACUGGCACACGAGAUGCAAGAUGGCUCAGAACAGAAAACAGGCGUGUCCCCAGGACCCUUACAAACCGUUCCAGGACUACCUAGGUUUUAGUGAUAUAGCCUGGAAUAAAGAUUUAGUGUCCAAUCUCACUAAUCUUAUGACACUCUCGCCAUCCUUCAUUGACGACAAUAGCAGUGACGGGGAAUUUUUCGGUACCGGCUUUCCUGGAACACUGUGUGUCGGUUCGUUGAAUGACAUAGGAUUCCGGCCCUUCGACCCCCUGGACGCCAUGCGUAGGGACUCCUUGGAGGAUUUCCGACAUAACGGCCGAGACGUGGAACUGGACGAGCUGGACAGUUACCAGGUGGAACUCCGGAGACAUUCGUCAAUUUCCGUCCAACAGGAAUCAAACCCAGUGGUUCUGGAAGUCAUGGCAUUCAAAGAACGGAAGCGGGCUGCCAGAAGAGCUAAGCAAAAGAAGCUGUGUGUUUUCUGUAAGAACAACGGAGAAACUGUGGUCAUCUACUCAAGUCACGUGCUCAAAGAUGAAGAAGGGAAAGUCAGCUGUCCCAUCCUCCGUAAGUACACGUGUCCUCUGUGUGGGGUUUCUGGGGACAACGCCCACACGAUACGCUAUUGUCCCAAAAACGAUGGUGACCUCUCUGCUCCAAGCCUUACUCAACUUCAUGCAAGGCGCCUAGCUACGGGAAAGCGACGCCGUGACAGUGACAGUGAAAGCAGUAACUGAAGGGCGCAAUUGCGCCCUAGUACAGCAGAGGAAUUUGACAUAAUUGUAAUAUCCAGCAAUUCUAUCAACAGAGUGUGAUUCUGUGAUCUUGGACACUGGAUCUUUAUUGUGAAGUAACGUUUAUCAAUGUUUACAGUAUUGAAUUCUUAUUGUCAAAGAUAAUUUUGAGUUAGAGAAGAUGACUUUUACAUUAAAUCGAAUUUUAAUCCUAUUCUAUAUUUCCCAGUUUUGCUAUGGUGCUGAAAUUUUGUAUAAAGUUUAUCAAAUUAUGAUUUUAACUCGCUAUUUUUACACUAAUUAAUUUUAAAUGAUGUGUAGA